UCUAGAUGUGGUGAGUCAUUGGCUGUUGACAUCAGAGCAUGCUCUGCUGAAACUCCUCCUCACUCUCACGCUCGUGUGAAAGUUUAAGAGCUGUGGGUAAAAGUUCGGCUUCACUAGAAGUAUGGAUCCUAAUUCUCUCUGCUAUGAUAUUUAGUUUUCCUUAAAUUCAGAAGAAGAAGAAGAAGAAGAAGAAGAUUUUAUGGCUCGCGAAUCUAAUGGCAGUUGCCAUGAGCAGCCCACUGUCUCUGGUGGAUCUCCUACAACAUCUGCGAUUAUGUUUUCCGCCGGCGUCCUUGGGAACGUGGUCGCCCUAAUUCUCUUGGAAAUACGGCGGAGGAAACAGCCCGCAUCUUUGUUCCAAGUCCUCGUCACAUCGUUGGUCUUCACGGAUUUGCUGGGAACUUUCUCCGUCAGUCCACUGGUUUUAACCGCGUACUUUAGGAAUGAAUCUCUGCUCGGAAUGAGUGAAAACCGAUUAGUUUGCGGCCACUUUGGAUACGCCAUGACUUUUUUCAGUAUGGUCACUCUCGCCAUUCUUCUUUCCAUGGCAGUGGAGCGCUGGCUCUCCAUAGGACAUCCUUACUGUUACGAGAAGCGCAUGAGUAAACGCUGCGGGUACAUCACCAUCGCUCUCAUAUACCUGUUUUGCGCUCUUUUCAGUGCCACACCUUUCUUCGGCUUUGGGAAAUUUGUUCAGUACUGUCCCGGUACGUGGUGCUUCAUAGACAUGCGCCCGUCUGCGACAGAGCACAAAGUGUUCAAUAUCAUCUACGCGUCUUGUUUGCUCAUUAUGAUUGUGUGUACGGUUUUGUGCAACGCGUCCGUCAUCUAUCAUCUUUCACUCAUGUACCGAAGACGCAAGGCGCACCGGAGCUCAGUCCGAAGGCAGCGAGGACACAAGAGGCAUCGAUCCAUCGCGAAGGAGGUUGAACAUCUGGUGCUGCUCGGGGUCAUGACAAUAGCAUUCGUCAUCUGCUCUCUUCCUCUUGUGAUUCAACUGUACAUCAACAUUUUCUACGACUGUCCUCACAAAAACAAUCUCAUAGCCCUUCUUUUAGUAUCGGCCAACCCCAUCAUAGACCCCUGGGUCUUCAUCAUUCUCAGCCCUCCAGUGCCUCGUCUGCUCUGGGACAAGAUGUACAAGACUGCAAAGUUCAAAUCCACCCAGGAGAAGGUCCAAAGCAUUCAUCCAGUCCUGUAUCAGUCAAACCCACCUGGCGAUUCGGGAGGCAGUGUGAUGAAAGUUUACACAGGAAUUCCUGGAACUCCCGGCUCCUGAUCUCUAAAACCUCCCUGUGCUGUGGAAAGGAUCAUGGAGUGAUCGCUCACUCAAAUAAUGAAAAUAAUGGAUACUGAAGAUCCAGGUCACUGGAUACCUAAACAGAUGGAUCUGAGACCUGAGGAUGAAAGAGCUGUGUGGUGUAUAAUAAUGCACCUAUAAUGUCAUGGAGAACAGAAAAGAGUUUAUGUAUAUACAUAUAUAUUUUUAAAAAAGUAAACUUAUUUAUUUUCGUUAUUUAUGGACACUAAAACAUUAUUGUAGACUGGAUGGAAAAUAAGUGAUUCUUUAUCGGCAGGAAACCCAUUGGUUAAUAUAAAUAAACAUUUACAGGGUGAAAUGAAGCUGUACUUCCUGUUUCUACUGCAUGUCUUUCUUAGUGUGACUUCACACUUUAUCUGUUUUGUUUUCUACAUUGCGUUGCAGUUACAUGCAGGACUGAAUCAUGUCAUAGCAAGUCAGUUCAUUGUGAAAGAGCCA